AUGGGGGUACUUCGCGAAUUUCGGCUUAACAGUAGAAUCUACGUAAUUAUAACACACACGUGAGUGUCGCGACGCGAUUAGUAUUUAUAAGGAGUGCGCUUUGUUUGUUCGAAAUUCGGAAAGCACGAAUUCAGAUGUGCUUAAUAAUUCGUUAUGUCUGAAGCAGACGGUGCAAAUGGUGGAGCUAUCUGUAAGAGGUGUGUAGUAGCUAAACUACGCAUACCCUGUUAGUUAAGAAGCCAGUGCAUUGAAGCGGAAAGGUAUCACGGAUCGGUAUCGUGGUACGCGGAUUUUAGAGUAGAGUCACCGUCAGUCCGUGGGUCUCCACAUGCAGCAACUUCCACGUAGUGAGACCUGGAUCGAUAGUACUAGCGAUGCAUUGAAAUCUAAUAAUCUAUAAAUCACGCAACGCUAGUAAUAUCGAGCGAAUGGCUGCAUAUUUCAAUAUAUUUUCAAAAUUUUUACAAUCUAAUUCUGUUUAUACACCAAAGUAUUAAUGCUUUAGAUUGCCAAUAAUACUUUUAAGCAAUUAGAUAAGAUAUAGUUAACUUCAAAGAUAAUUUCUUUUAAUUCGAAAAUUUAUAUACUAAUUGUCAUAUGUGUUAAUUAUAUUUAUUAUUCUUUAUGCUUUUGUCGUGAAACAGAUGCGUACCUAGCUCGUCAAUCAUUAUGAAACGUACCCUACCAUCAAAGAAAUAUAUACUUAUGAGAAACUGAAAAAUGAGUCCACAGUUUAUUAAAAUACUUAGUCUACCCACACAAAACCUAUUAUUGCUUGAAAGGAGAAUAACCAAACAAGUUUAUAGACCGAUAUGAUAGACGCAUGGCUGGGGCAACGUUCACCUCUUAUAUUCGUAGUUCAUAUAAUGUCCAUAUUUGUCAUUGAAGUUACACACGCUUCGAAUAAAAAGUAGUGAACGGCUUUAACGAUAUCAUUAUUAUUGAUUCGAUUUGAAAUAUAUCACGAAUCAUUGAAUCGUUCGUCUUAUGUUUAGAAAAAAAUUAAAAAAGGAUCGUGAAGGCCAUGAAAUCUAACGAGAAAAUACAAAGUUGCAAUGGUGGACGUUUUAGUUUAGAAGAGAUGAAGACGGGCCAAGCUGAAUCUGGGAGAUGUGGGAUCAGCUGCCGGAGCUGAUAUUAAUACAAAUAUUCAGUCAUCUUGAUCGGGGGGAUCGUGCCAGUAUUUCUCAAGUUUGUCGAUCAUGGAAUUUAGCGCUCUCUUCGCCUGUUCUAUGGCGUUCGGUCACAGUCCUAAUUGAUCGUGAUCUUAGAGGAAAUUUCCCUUUGGCGGGAGAAUUGGCUGUUAAAUAUGGACAACACAUGAGAAGUUUAGAACUUGCUUGGUCAAGAUCAUACAUUUUACCACGAGAAACACGAGCUGCUCGUAAUAUUCAGGCAGAAGCAGGCGCAGACUUUCUUGCGGUUGUACGAGCCAAAAAUGUGCAAUUGAAAGAACUUAUAUUAACUAAUUGGGUUUUCAGUUAUAAAUGGGGAGAUAGGGGCAAACUUUUAUAUGCUCUUGCAAAUUUUCUCGGGUGCCAAUAUAAUCUUGAAACUUUGAGUUUACUAAAUGCUAAUUUUGGUGUAAGCGAUGUUUUGCGUCUGUUAGGAACUGCUGCAAGAGGAUGCAGUGAGAGAUUAGCAUCUUUGGAUCUUCGUGGUGCAUUUAGACAAUGGCAAACUCCUCAUAGCAAUCCUAGAUAUUUACGUCUAUUAGGUCGUCUUCAUGCAUUAACUCUAUUGAAACUGGAUUAUCCAGCAAUAUCGGAUCAUACUUUAAAUGCUUUGGCCAAUGGAGCUCCAAAAGUUCUUAAAACUUUGCACAUAUCCAUCCGUGAUUCUGAUUCUCGACAACAUACUGUUACCGAUAGUUCUUGGAAUAAUCUAGCACGUGCUUGCCCAAACUUAACAGUCGCUUAUACAAUAGUAAAUAUUUCACAUUAUGAGGACAUGUGCUACCUGUUGCUUCCUAGUGUUCCACUUGCUAAGUUUCAAUUAUUCAGUGGAUAUGUUUGGGACCAAAGUAGAUCUCGUAAUUUUCGAGGCACCGUUGGACUACUCAUUUCUCAUUAUACAAACACCUUAGCUGAAGUGAUGUUGCAACUUAAGAAUAAUCGAGAGUUAUUAGAUGAUCUACUUGUUUCCAUGCUUGUUCAGUGUAAAAAUUUAAUUAGACUGCAAUAUGAUGGAAUUAUGAGGAGUCUUGAUACUUUACGUGAUAUUUGUCAUUUACAAGUGGAACGCAAAACUUAUUUUCGUACGAUUCACAUAAAGCCACGUAUCGUUAAUAUCAGGAAUCGUGCGAUAUUGGACGAUGUAAACUAUCAGUAUGUUCAUAAGAUGCUCGAGCAAGAAGUUGACUUUCGUAUAGAAGAUCCAACUUCAUUUUUUAUGUACUAUUAAUCACACGUUGAAUGUUGUCUCUGUAACGAUCCCCGAUCUAUUUAUCCACAUCUCUCUCGAUUUCUAACGUUAGAGAAUAAAGUACAGCCAAAUACCAUCUCAA